ACCAAUCACAAAGCUUAUAGCUUUGUGUGCGUCAUCGUGUGGGCGGAAACACGGUUGUGGGUGAAACGGCGACGAGGUUGAGCAGUUGUUCGUAGACGUGGAGGAAAAUUGACUUAAAAACAUCCGAUCCACAGUGCAGAAGACGGCUCACACGGAACAGAAACGGAUUUUUAACAGCUAUAUGUCUUUUCAGUUUGCAUUAGGGCGACGAUUUUGACAUUAUCGCAGAAACGGUUUUUACAUAACCAGCUUUACCCGGUAACGCGUAUUCACGGUGGGGAGCAGUCGGAUCUCGCAACGGUAUCUUCUGCUCGUUUUCAGCGACAACUGCCUUCAAAUACAGGCUAGUUAAUUACUCUGUUACUUAAGUAUACGUAGAUACUGUUUCUAGAGUGCAGGCCUGCGAAAGCGUUUAAGUACACGUAUAAUUAUACAAGCUAUUUUUAUUAUUCGGAAAAAAUAAGUUAUACAACACAAAACGAGGUUACUGCACGUCAGCGAACUGGGUCCUAAAGCCCGCCGGGUUGCUUGUCACAUUGCCGGUCUCGUGCCCAAAUGGUUCAUCAGCCAACGGUUUUUAAAUUCUUCGACAUAAUGGAAAAGGUUCUGUUAGAGCAAGGUUAAUUGCAAACUUGGGACUGCAUCAUUGAAAACGAGUUGUAUGCUAAAAUAGCAUACAAGCUAAAAUAGCAUACAAGCUAAUAUAGCACACGCACUUAAGACAUUUGGAUUCCCAGUGACCUGGUUUCUUCUUUCUUUCCUGGAUACCAUUUUAUUAACAGCGAGUUUGAAUAAGAGUGGAGUGAGCACAAAAAGACUGUUCUUGAAAUACUAAAAGGGGGACAAAAAAGGACUCGUCCAGUUGAGUAAUGGUCAUUAAUACGAUCCACUGGUUCAGGAAGGGCUUGCGGCUCCACGACAACCCGGCGCUUAAGGAAUCUCUGCUGGGAGCGGAUACUGUCCGCUGCGUCUACAUCCUCGACCCCUGGUUCGCGGGAUCUUCCAACGUCGGGAUCAACAGGUGGAGGUUCUUACUUCAGAGUCUUGAGGACUUGGACUACAGCCUCCGUAAACUCAACUCUCGACUGUUUGUGAUACGGGGCCAACCCACUGAUGUCUUUCCCAGACUGUUCAAGGAGUGGAACAUUUCUCGUUUGUCUUACGAGUACGACUCUGAGCCCUUUGGGAAAGAACGAGAUGCAGCUAUUAAGAAACUGGCCUGUGAGGCUGGAGUGGAGGUGACGGUUCGCAUCUCCCACACACUCUAUGACCUGGACAAGAUCAUAGAGUUAAAUGGGGGUCAGUCCCCUCUUACCUACAAGCGGUUCCAGACCCUCAUCAGUCGUAUGGAUGCAGUGGAGGUGCCCGCAGGGUCCAUCACGGCUGACAUCAUGGGGAAAUGCAGUACGCCACUGUCCGAAGACCAUGAUGACAAGUUUGGCGUCCCCUCAUUGGAGGAGCUGGGUUUUGAUACUGAAGGUCUGUCCACAGCUGUGUGGCCGGGGGGAGAGACCGAAGCUCUCACGCGACUUGAGAGGCAUUUAGAGAGGAAGGCAUGGGUGGCCAACUUUGAGCGUCCCAGAAUGAACGCCAACUCGCUGCUCGCCAGCCCGACAGGCCUUAGCCCGUACCUGCGCUUCGGCUGCCUCUCCUGUCGCCUCUUCUACUUCAAACUCACCGACCUCUACAAGAAGGUGAAGAAGAACAGCUCCCCUCCCCUCUCGCUCUACGGUCAGCUGCUGUGGCGCGAGUUCUUCUACACGGCUGCCACCAACAACCCCUGCUUCGACAAGAUGGAGAGUAACCCCAUCUGCGUUCAGAUCCCAUGGGACCGCAACCCUGAGGCGCUGGCCAAGUGGGCGGAGGGCCGCACCGGCUUCCCCUGGAUCGACGCCAUCAUGACGCAGCUGAGGCAGGAGGGCUGGAUCCACCACCUGGCUCGACACGCCGUGGCCUGUUUCCUGACCCGAGGAGACCUGUGGAUCGGCUGGGAGGAGGGCAUGAAGGUGUUUGAGGAGCUGCUGCUGGAUGCAGACUGGAGUGUGAAUGCAGGCAGCUGGAUGUGGCUCUCCUGCAGCUCUUUCUUCCAGCAGUUCUUCCACUGCUACUGCCCUGUGGGUUUCGGCCGACGCACGGACCCCAAUGGAGAUUACAUACGGCGCUACCUGCCCGUUCUGAGAGGGUUUCCAGCCAAAUAUAUUUAUGAUCCCUGGAACGCUCCAGAGAUCGUGCAGAAGGCAGCCAAAUGUGUUAUUGGAGUGCAUUACCCCAAGCCCAUGGUGAACCACGCAGAGGCCAGCUGCCUCAACAUCGAGCGAAUGAAACAGAUCUACCAGCAGCUCUCCUGUUAUAGAGGCCUCGGCCUUCUGGCUACGGUUCCAUCCACCUCUAACGGUAACGGUAACGGAGAGAUGUCCUCAGACGGGAUGGGAUUGUCUGUCGAGGCUACACACAGUGCUGCAGGUCCAUCUCGCUACCAGAUGCCGGUUCACUCCCAAAGAGAGUGGCAAAGCGGUGUCAUGAUGUACCGGCAGAAUGAUCCACAAACGAGCUUCGGCACACACCAGCAGGGUUACGCAGGCACCAGUACGAAGUGUUACGCCCAAGGCGCACAGCAGAUUCCUGCAAUUCAGAAAGGACGUGAACUCCACUGCACCACUCAGACCGUUGUCAAACGGCACAGCGAGGACUCUGGGAAUGGCAAAGGCUCUAAAGUCCAGAGACAGAGUAUUCACUAGAAAGGAGUGUCUGCAGACAGACCGUGUACACAGCCAACACAAAGGCUAAGAAUCUGUUUUUGUAUAAAAAAAAAAAGAAAUAUCACUGUUGCAUUGACACAACCUCAAGAGCAGUGUCAUUAAACACACACUCACAAAAGACUAUAUUAUCAUGUGGACUGCACGACCCGGCCAGUGGAUCGACAUCCCUGGAGCGGCUGUUAACGCUGUGCUUAAUUUUGCCAGGACAAAAGUUCUUGUGUGUAUAUAAUGAAUUUGCUAAUUUCACAUACAACUUGUACAUAUUUGAAUAUAUUGUACGUGUCUCUCUUUGUGUAGCCAUAGACCCAUCGAUAUAUUUUUGAUAUGAGAAAUCAUUGUGGAUGGAUCUUGAUUUUUUUUUUGUAACCUUUUCAAUAAAAAUGAAAACAUUUGUAGACCGUCCAUUCAAAAACAAAUGGUGAUAAAUCUUGUAUCUGUUCUAAUGCGGCUGUCUGUCCUCUCAUUUACUCUGCUUCCCAUUUUUCUCCUUUUUGAGCCGUUCCAAGAUAACUGUUUGAAUCAUUACCUUUCUCCAUCUCAGUACUAGUGGACUCGUGUUAAUCCUCACCACUGUAGCAAUAUCAGUAGGACUUAAACUAUCAGGGGUUGUCGAGGGUUACUGAGAAAAGGCGACAGGAAGACAGAUUCUACAUAUCAUGGUGUGUCCCCCCCCCCCUCCUGUUAAAUGUGUCACAUGAGAGAACUGCUUCACUUGUUCCUUCUCAAUGUGCUUGUUUCAUUAAAACUGGAUAUAAUAUA